CGCUCAUUCCAAUGUCCAUCGAUUCCUUCGCGGGUCGGUGUUGUGGACGAGGUAGAUCUUUUCCGUUCCGUUUUGUUUUUCGUUUAUGUGCCGAAGCAAAUAAUAGCUGCAAAACACAACUUGGACCAGCUGGGAACAACAGUUAAGAAACAACAUUAUUCUCUAGUGUCUCUGCGAAACUGUGGCCAAAGGUGUUGCAGUUGGAAGCACCUCCAUCUCUUGCAACGAAAUAUUAAUCGGGUCGGUGAACCUUGACCGCGAGACGAUACGAAGGCGACGGCUGGCUGCGAUAGUGAAUGUACCCGUGAAUAAGGAGUUCGAAGACAGUAAAAAAUAAAAAUGUCCUUAAAAUCGCUCCGCGGCGCACGAUUGCUGCUAGGACAGCCGGUUAGGACACUGUGUACGAGCAGCGUUGCCCAACGGGACGAAUCGUCAUGGCUCAGCAAGCUGCUGGUCCGGAAGAUCGAACCGACGAAGGAAUCCCACAGUCGGAUGCUGAGCGACAAGUUCGACAUCUACGAACUGCAUACGCACAAUGUACGCCCGGAUUCGGUCGGAAAGUAUCUGGAAAACUACAAAAACACGGUUCAAAUCGUACAAUCAAAGGGAAGCCUGUCGAUGGAACUUAUCGGCUCGUGGAACGUCGAAGUAGGCGAUCUAGAUCAAUGUCUCCAUCUGUGGCGCUACAGCGGAGGCUUCGAGAUGGUUGAUCAAGCGAAACGCGAGCUAAGCAGUGAUAAGAACUAUGUACAGUUGAUGCAAGAACGUGGUACCUUCCUGCGUUCCCGUCACUUGCAAUAUCUGCUGUCGUUCAGCUACUGGCCACAGCUGAAGCUGCGCGAGGGUAAAAACAUCUAUGAAAUUCGUUCCUACCGGCUGAAGCCGGGCACCAUGAUCGAGUGGGGCAACAACUGGGCCCGGGCCAUUAACUAUCGCCAAAACAACGAUGAAGCUUUCGCGGGAUACUUCUCGCAGAUCGGACGCCUUUACAAUGUGCAUCACAUUUGGUGCUACAAGGACCUACAGGGCCGCAAGGAGACACGUGAAUCGGCCUGGAGAUCGCCGGGAUGGGACGAAUGCGUCGCGUACACCGUUCCACUGAUCCGUGAAAUGCACUGCCGCAUACUGGCCCCGACGGAAUUCUCACCGACCCAGUAGUAGGCCCAUUUAUGCCUCGGCCAAGAGCAAUAUGAUUGUUGCCUUUCGUUUAAAAACUUCUUCAGCGAGUCAAACUAGCGGCAAUAGAUAUAUAUGUGUGUAUGAGUGGUGUCAAUUAUUCGGUUCUUUAGAGCACCGUUGGCGACAACCGCCAGUUCCGGUUCCGGGCAUUUUGGUUUUGCUUUUCAUUGUUUUGUGUCAGCAUGCAUUUUUAUUUCCCGUCGCAACGAAAUCCUUUUCCAUCCUCUCUUAGGUGUAGCUUCAUCGGAAAACGAAAUCACAUACCUCUCUAAAGAUACGUAGGAAAACUCGAUUAUAUAUUUUUGUUUUGCUAUCUGAUUGGUUUUGAUAAUGUAUUUUGUUUGUUUGUUAA